CAAUCAUUUGCAACUUGCAAUACCAGAAAAGAACUAGACUAAGCAGUCACGUAGCUCCCGGCUUUUAAUCUUCAAACAGUUGAUAAGCUGCCAAUUCUACUGGACCAUCAUUUCCAACAAGAAAGGCUCCAAUAUUCUCUCUAAUAUAUCGAACCAAUAAACAGGCUGAAUUCUUCGAAAGUUAGCUGCCGGUUUAGAGACGAACAACUAUGACUGAAGUUGGCUCAAGUGGGUCUCCCACUCCAGGCAGGCUUGAGGGAAAACGUGCUGCGAUGGUAGUGUGUUGGUUUCUUGGACUGGGAUCACUGGUCUCAUGGAAUAGUAUGCUGACUAUUGGAGACUACUAUUAUGCCUUGUUUCCUCACUAUCAUCCUUCAAGGGUACUCACCCUAGUUUAUCAACCAUUUGCCGUUGGAACAGUUGCAACACUUGCAUAUAAUGAGGCAAGAAUUGAUACCAGAAAGAGAAAUUUAGCAGGAUAUACAUUAUUCUUUCUGAGCACAUUAGCGCUCCUACUGCUAGAUUUAGGCACAUCAGGAAAAGGAGGACUAGGAAAUUAUAUUGGCAUAUGUAUACUUGUUGCUGCUUUUGGAGUUGCUGAUGCCCAUGUCCAAGGAGGAAUGUUUGGAGACCUAUCCUUGAUGUGCCCUGAGUUCAUCCAAUCCUUCUUGGCUGGUCAUGCUGCAUCAGGGGCACUCACAUCUACUUUACGACUAAUGACAAAAGCAGCCUUUGAAAAUUCUAAUAAAGGCCUUCGCAAGGGAGUUAUUCUAUUUCUUGCCAUCUCGACAUUCUUCGAAUUCCUAUGCAUUCUGCUGUAUGCAUUCAUCUUUCCUAAACUGCCAAUUGUAAAGCAUUAUCGUGCAAAAGCAGCUUCAGAAGGAUCAAAAACUGUCUCAGCUGAUUUAGCCGCUGCUGGCAUCCAGACCGAGGCAAAUGAAACACUUUUGCCAUCCAUGCAGGUCGAUGAUGAUAAAUAUCCUGAGCGCCUGAGCACCAAACAAUUACUCUUCCAGAACUUUGAUUAUGCUUUGGACCUCUAUCUGAUUUAUGUCCUAACUUUAUCUAUCUUUCCUGGCUUCUUAUAUGAAAACACUGGACACCACAAGUUAGGCUCCUGGUAUGCUGUUGUUUUGAUCGCAAUGUACAAUGCGUGGGAUCUCGUAUCAAGAUACAUUCCACUCAUCGAAUGCCUCAAGUUAAAAUCAAGAAAGGGCCUCAUGCUGGCAACAUUAUCUCGUUUCUUUCUCAUCCCUUGUUUCUAUUUCACUGCAAAAUAUGGUGACCAGGGAUGGAUGAUAUUUCUCACGUCCUUCUUGGGACUGACCAAUGGUUAUCUCACAGUAUGUAUCCUCACUGCAGCUCCCAAAGGGCACAAGGGACCGGAGCAGAAUGCACUAGGAAACUUGUUAGUCGUAUUUCUCCUUGGUGGCGUAUUUUCUGGCGUAGCCCUGAAUUGGUUAUGGCUUAUUGGCAAUGGGAAAUUCUGAGGCAGCAUCUGUAGUUGAGUGUUGAAUAUUGAUGCAUGGAUAGUCGCCAAGAUGUCUGUUAGGGGAUGUCAAAUUGUAUUUACAAAUUGCUAUAUAUGCUGAAUUCACAACUGAAAUUGUUAUGUGUUUUGUAAAUCAAAAACCAAAACUCAAUUCUUAGUGCCUUUCAUACAUAUGUUCAUUUUGGGCUAGGAAAUUAAAUGUGCCUGCUCAAAAAGAUUAUGGUUAGAAUUAUGGUACGGUUAAUUACACUGAACCAACUCAACUAUUACCUAAAUUGCACUUUACUCCCCUUGAUGA